AUGACCUUUAAUGUGCAAACGGAAUCGUCUUCUGGUGACAGCUGUCUCGAGGAAGAAGAGCGGGAUUUAACAUUUUACCUGAAGACUAAGGCAGAACAACCGUUUAGGUAUUAUCUAUGCUUUGAUGUUGAAGCAACAUGUAUAAGUGGAGGAGGAUUUGAUUAUAUGAAUGAGAUAAUAGAAUUUCCAAUUCUUUUGGUUGAUAGCAAGUCAUUUGACAUUGUUGAUGUAUUUCAUUCAUACGUUAAGCCAAGUAAAAAUCCGAUAUUGUCUGAUUUCUGUAAAGAAUUGACCGGAAUAUCUCAGUCAACGAUAGAUGUAAGUCCAAUAUUUCCUGAGAUGUUGGAUCAAUUUCAAGAAUUUCUGCACCGGCAUAAACUCUUUUACGAAAACUCCUGUGCUUUUAUCACCGAUGGUCCAUGGGACAUACGCGAUUUCAUCACAAAACAAUGUUCGAUUUCUAAAAUUGCUAGACCUACAUAUUUUUCUCUUCCUUGGGUAGACAUUCGAACACUUUAUUCAGAAUUUUAUAACCAUGGAAAAUGUAAUAUAGUUCGUAUGCUAGCAACUUAUGGCCUGCAAUUUGAAGGACAUGAACAUUCAGGAAUUGAUGAUGCAAAAAAUUUAGUUAGAAUUGCUAAGAAAAUGUGGGAAGAUGGUGCAAUUUUUAAAACCAAUAGUUAUUUACAAACGCCUAUUCACAGAUCAAGAAGACGUAGAAGAGGAAGGGGAUGUAAUAAAGUCAUAUAA